AGGGAGGAUGGAUAGAUGCGUAGCUCGCGAUCACGGGAGUCUUUGAACGUCACAUUAUACGAAGCUAAUUGACGCUCUUUUACUUUGACACGAGCGGUAACCCAGCUGCUCUGGAUUCCGGGCUCCAGCGCCGCCGUUCUCGCCUGUCCCCCCCCCCAGCCGAGAGGCUUCCUGGGCUGCGUGGAACCGUAACACAUCGACUCGGUCCCUCGCAGUAAUGUUGUAGUUUACUCGGACGAAGCCUUUUUUUUCAGGAGGGGGAUACAGGAAAUGUUGGCAUGGCCGCCUCGCGAGCAGGGAAGAGUCCGAAGAGUAAGAAGUUGGAGGAGGCGCAGGCUUUGGCUAAGAGCUGUGCGGGGAGACCAGACUUCCUGCCCUGCGACGGGCUCUCCAUCUGCGCGACCCACAGCCACGGGAAGUGCUUCAAGCUGCACUGGUGCUGCCACUUGGGCUGGUGUCACUGCAAGUAUGUGUACCAGCCCAUGACCAAUGUGUGCCAGCUGCCCAGUACAACCGUGCCAGCUGUUGAGACCGAGUACAGUGACACCAUGGACCUGUCCGUCUCUCUGGCGGAGCGCUUCCUGAAACUCGCUCCCUGCUUCCAGUCGCCGCCUCACCUGGAGUCGCCCCAGUACUGCGUCAUUGCGGAUCUGUUUGUGGAUGACUACAUUGUCAAACGCAUCAAUGGAAAGAUGUGCUACGUGCAGCGGCCCGCACCUCCCUUACCAGAACCUCCUCAUCCUCCCACCCCUUGCCCAUCUACACCUCGGAUGCCCCAGAAGCCCGCUCAGCCUCAGCAACCAGUGAAGCCUGCACCGCCAACCCAACACACACCUGCGCCUCUGCAGCCGGCCCAGCAAGUGUACAGUAAACACAAACAUCUUACCCCUGUGGAUAAGAUAAAAGGCCCAAAAAUGGACCACUGCUCCUCUCCGUCCAGCUCCGAGGACUCCGGCAUCAACGCACUGGGUCUGCACUACCUGGAGUCCUGCGAGGAGGAGACAGAGGAGACAGAGGAGGAAGAGGAGGAGGAGGAGGACGACGAGUUGAGCACAGAUGGGAACUCCACUCCCGGCAGCCUCUGGGAUCAGGACGACUGUUCUCUGCUCUCCCCCUCCAAGUCAAUUAUAGAGAUCAUCGAAAAGAUUGAAACAACUGUGUAACGGACACAGCAUCAACAUGGACACCAGCUGUGAGGGAGUGUGGCCUAGAGAGCAGAAUGAAUGAGAAUACACAGAAGACCACUUGAGGAUUUAUUCUACAUCGACCAAUAGGACACCCCCCCCCCCCUCUCUGACACUUCAGCAGAACUUUUCCUGCUUGUUUGGUUGAAUUUGUUUUCCACACAUCAUCUAAUCUGUCCACAUCCCAUGCAUAGAAUAGAAUAGAAUAUACACUUUUAUUUAUCCCCAAGGGGAAAUUAGUUCUCUGCAUUUGACCCAUCCUUAGUUAUUAAGGAGCAGUGGGCUG